UACGAAAAACCAAUUAGUCUAUUCGAGGACAAAACUAUAAAAAGUAGAGCUCUCGUCGUUACAAAGAGACAAGUCUACUCUGGCGGUCUGAUCGUGCGACUGCCUUGCCGGGAAUGUCGAAUGUCGAAGAUCGAUAUAGCAAGAUAUCGGAUAUCAAGAUAGACGCAAUCAGAGCAGUCGUAGUUAUUGGCUAGGGCAAUACUACGACAACAUGAGAGCGGAACUGGAACUAAAGUCGCGGAUCUCGCUGAUGAAAGUCUGUCUGUUGAUAACGAUGCUCCUAACGGGCAUCGUGCCGAGCUCGUCGGCACGCAAAUCGAAUUCUCAGAGGAAAAUAACAGCUGCGUCGGAUACAGAUAACCAACGAAGCUUAAUGCUCGGGAACCUUCUUCUAGUGCCCAUUCUUGCCAGCCUGGGCAUGAAACUCCUGGCCUUUCUACCGAUUGUCCUAACGAAACUCCUGCUGCUGACUACGCUGAGCUUCCUUUCGUCAAACCUCAGUCUCCUGAUAUCGGUUUUCGUGGGCGUACGGAACUUUUGGCUCCUGGAACAGAAAGCCAACCUCCACGGACACGAUGACGAGUAUCUGCAUCAUCAUGAUCACGCCGCUGUGAAACACGAGGCGCAAGAGGACCCCGGGAAGAAGGAACAGCCCGUCAAUUUGCCGUCCAGCCGCUUGGAUCGCUGGCCGGUGGGUCCCAAGUACGCAGAGUGGCGAAGGCGAUACCUUCGGCGUGCGAUCGACGCUAAGAAGAAGCUCCUGCUGACCGGCAAGGGGCUUCCUACUCCAGGACCGAGUCAGCGCGAUCCUUUGACCGGUAGGCGCAAAACUGAGCUCCGUUAUCCCAAUCGCUGGCACGCUUCCUUUCUCUAAAAUGUACUGUUAGGGUGUCAGC